AUGCACUACCUCACUGGGCCUGAGACCAUCAGCCAGCAUUCCGUCACCGUCUCGGGGCCCCUGCGCCAACUGCGGCUCGCACCGCCUGCUCAAGCCCGCCUCGACCGCGCCGCGUCCCGUGACAAGUGCCACGGCGAGGCCAAGGCCACCGAGGCCGCGUCCAAGGCCCUGCUCCGCACGCAGAGGGCGGAGGAGGCACGCAAGGCGCGGACCGCCGCCGAAGCAGAGCGGGCUGAGAAGCUUGCCUCCCUCUCGGCUCGCGUUGAGGAGUCGGCGGAGCGCAAAUCCAAGCUCAUGGCGGCGACGCAGGCCAAGAAUGCGCAUUGGUUCAAGCGCGCUCUGGCCGUCGUGGCGGCCCACAAGGAGCAGCAGCGCGAGGCCGCGCAGGCCUCCGCCAUGAUGCUCGAGACCAAGUUUGGCGCCGCCGCCGAGCGACGCACCGCGUCGAUGAGCUACAAGCCGAACUCGGGCUCGCGCGCAGAGCUCGUCAAGGCGGCG